CUCUGUCUGACAGGAGAGGGUGUAGUCUACAUGAAACCACGACACUGAUGACGAUCAAACACCUUUAACUGGAUAUCGCAGAAUAACAGCAUUUUCGGGAGCGAGGGGAAGCAGAAGAAGACAUUGAUGAUGACAUCAUUUGUUUCUCUGGCAGAGAUCAGCGCAUCUGGAGUACUGUAGGAUGCAAAGGGUUUUCUCAGCUAAACAAAAAUGAGUGUGACGUCAUGGUUCCUGGUCAGCAGCACUGGUACUCGUCACCGUCUGCCACGGGAGAUGAUCUUUGUUGGACGAGAGGACUGUGAGCUCAUGUUGCAGUCUCGCAGUGUGGAUAAACAGCAUGCUGUUAUCAACUACAACCCUGGCACAGAUGAGCACCUGGUCAAGGAUCUGGGGAGCUUAAAUGGGACCUUUGUGAAUGACUUGAGAAUUCCAGACCAAACAUACAUCACCCUCAAACUGUCAGACAUUGUUCGUUUUGGAUAUGAUUCACACGUGUAUGUUCUGGAAAAGAGUCAACAUAAAGUCCCGGAAGAGGCACUUAAGCAUGAGAAGUACACUAGUCAGCUGCAGAUGGGCCUUAAAACCAUGGAGGGAAAGCAACAAAAUCUGCAGGAGGAGAGGUCCAAAUUAGAGCGGUCUGAACGCAAGAGUCUCACAGAGGCCCCUGUACCCCGACCCACACCAUUGUACGGCCAGCCAUCAUGGUGGGGAGAGGAGGACUCUGGGAACAGGGGAACACACAAUGAAAUGCGUAGGUCAGGUGACGGUCAUUCAGAAGUCACUAAGGAGGGCCCGACAUCUGAGGAUGAAUUCAGCGGUUCUGUUCAGGAGAUCCGUGAUGGCCAGGCCAAAUCAGCCUACCUGUUCCACAGGGAGCCCAGCUACUUUGAAAUCCCAACAAAGGAGGUCCCGACGCACCCCAAGUCCCCAGUGACAGACCUGAGCGACAUCCCAACCAAAGACACUAAUGUUCCUCUGACCUCCACUGCUCCAGUUGUCCAGAGUCAUGCUUCUUUCACCAUUGAGUUUGAUGACUGCAUGCCAGGCAAGAUUAAAAUCAAAGAUCAUGUGACUAAGUUUUCCUCUCGUCAGCGAAGCAAGCAGCAGUCACCCAGUAAACCUCUGGCAACCACACCUACAGAGGUGCUGUCAACUGAGAGCAAGGUAGCUGACUGGCUUGUGCACAGUGAUGUUAGCAUGAUGAGCAGGCGGCCACCUUGUGAGGAUGUGUACAGCACUAAGAGUGACCUGGCGAUGCAUAUUAGAACACUUAAAGGACACCAUCAUGAAGAUGGAACCCAGAGUGAUUCAGAAGACCCUGUAAUGAAAGAAAAACACAUUAAGUCUCAUCAUUCCUUGCAAUCCCAAUCAUCAGUACAGUCACACCAGUCAACUCAAUCAAAGAUAUCCAAACCAUCAGAAUCAUUUCUGUCUCAGCAGUCCAUCUCAGUGCAGAGAUCUCAUCAUCCUCAGUUAGUCUCACCAACAAAACACCCUCGAGUAGAUCAUGAGGAAACUGAGGCUCGACCUGUCCAAGAAGCUUCCUCUUCUCCCCAGACAGAGGUUAAGCCCGUUCACCCCGAGCCUCAUGCCCAACAGGCCUUCAUCAUUGAGUUCUUUGAUGAUAAUCCCCGCAAGAAGCGCUCACAGUCCUUUACCCACAACUCUGCUCAUGCUGACUCCUACUCUGCAUUGAAGGCUAAACUAGAAAGACGCAAAGGUGGAGUUCAUGGUGAAAGGCCAGCCUCUGUUCAUGGACAUAUUCCUCCAAUGCAACAGAUCACUGUUCCGCUGAAAGUUUCAGGCCCUGGAGGUCCACAGCGGUCAAGCUCACUGAAGAGGGAGAAGACAGAAGAGAGUGGAAGCAGCGCAUCCCUUUUGGGGACCUCGUCUCGCUCCACACCAACCAUCACCAUCAAGCCUUUUGGCAGUGUGGGCAAAACGUCCAAACUAGCUCAAGAAUUUGCUGCAGAGUUUCUAAAAGACACAGGAAAGACAUCCCCACCUCCCAUGUCUGCACCACCUGUAAUGAUGUCCCCAUCACACACAAAUUUACCUUCUCCACCAGAGCCAUCUAGGUCAUCAACUGUAUACUACCCGUCUUCUCCAUCCCAGCUGCCUGGAUUGUCCCAGUCUCUUCUCCCAGCAUCUUUCCCUGUCCCUUCCCAUGCACCUGGAAGGGGUCCAGUUUGUAGUGCCUCGCCAAUCUGCUCAGCUGGGUCAUCUGUGCCCCAGUUUUCUCCAUUAGGAGUCAGUGGUGUAGACACUCAGGGCUCUAGGGUGACACGAACCGAAGAGGAGGAUAGUUUGAGCGAUGCUGGUACCUACACUAUUGAGACUGAAUUACAAGAUAAGGAAGUGGAGGAUGCUAGAAGUAUGAUUGACCAGGUGUUUGGUGUGUUAGAUGCACCAGAGUACAGUGGUCAGACCCUUGAAGUUUAUAGACCUGUCAUUGAUGAUGGCAAAAAUGAGCAAGUAUUCUUUAGUCAUAGCCAUGGUGGGGCAACUGAUGUAAUAUCGACAUCAGCACAGGGCCAUGGUGGGGACCAAGUCAACUCAGUACAGGCACAUGAUGACAUAGCAGAGCCUAAAUGGGUUUCCCGCUGGGCCAGCUUAGCGGACACUUACAGUGACCCUGGAGCCACGCAAGAAUCCAUUGGCACUCCACUCCAAGGGGGAUUUACAGACAGAGAUGGCCGAGUGACAUUAAUAGUUAAUCAAAGCUUGGAAAUCUCAGAAUCUGAGGGCAGUCAAGGGACCAGGACCAGACGACUACUUCCUCAGGUCCCACCUGGAGAAAAACUGGAGAACACAUCCCCCAGUAUCUUGAUCCGGCAUGAGACAAGCUUGGAUCAUGAGCCACCAGAGAAAGGUUCCAGGGCACCACAGCAGGAAAACUGUAAUCAUAGGCUACGUGUCCAAGACGACUUAGAUCCAGACAGUCUGAGUGACACCAGCCGUUCAGAUGACAGCUCUGUAUUUGAUAGAAGUGGAAGGAGCCAAGGAAAGAGAGGAGCCACAGCACACUCGCCAUCUGAAAAUUCAAACCAUUCCAGAGGCCGAGAGAUGCCAGCACCCACUCCCAAACCCACCUCAUUUUAUAUUGGCUCUGAGUAUGGUUCAUGCAAGUCACAUACAUCCAAAAGCACCCUUCUGUCACAGCCAGAGAGAGACUACUCUCCCAAGAUUCCUCCAACCACUGUCUUGAUACAACACUUGAGUGGCCAUGAGCCUAGGCGGACAGUGAAGCCCAAUUCAUCAGCCCCAAAUCUUCAGACCCAGGACAGGGAUGUGGUGCCCACCAAAGAGACAUCCACCUCAUUUGUUCGACAAGAGAGUUUUACCAAAGAUAGGCCAAGUGAUAACAUCCAAGUCAAGAAGCUGCCACAUAUCUCCAGUCAUCCCGCUUUGAGAAGCUUGGAUGCAGGCGAAAGGGUCCGAGAUACAUCUCCCUUUCCUAAGGAAGUAGAAAGAUCUUUGGUGUCACCAGAGGACAAGUUACCUGGAUCAAGUCAACGAUCAAAAAAAGGGAGCUUUCCUGCACAAGAGGACUCUCUGUCUGGUGAAUCUGACGUUGACACCGCCAGUACUGUGAGCAUGGUCAGCAGUAAAAAUGCACCUAUCAGUGCACCUAAGAAGCGCACUACUGCAAGUGACCAACGUAAGGAGAAAUCAUCUUCCAGCUUACCUGCACAAGAUAAAGGACGACAACCUACAGCCCGUGAGCGACUAUCAGAAAAACGCAGAAAUCAUGCCGCUGCAGAAAAUACCAGUAAAGCUGAAGUAUCCCGUCGCCUCCAACUUCGUCGCAGUGCUGGUAACCGUGGUUCUUUAGAUCUUUCAGAGAAUCAGCAUGCUGAACAGGUUUGGCCUGAAACCGCUGCUUCUGACCAUGAGUCAAGUUCACGUCCAAACGGCCGCAAGAAACUCACUGCACCCCUGCAGAAGGAGGACCCCAAUAAGGUUACCAAAGUAGGCCAUCAGGUGCUGACCCGAUCCAAUAGUGUUUCAGCCCCAAGACCAACACGUGCCUCCAUGCUCCGGCGAGCCCGGCUAGGUGAGGCCUCUGACAAUGAAGGUGCAGAGACAGACCGUGGAUCUCAGAGCUCCGACCACACAAAGACUCCUACUGAAGGAAAGAAACUCUCAAGGCUGGAGAUUCUUGCCAUGCCUCGGAAACGCACUAGGUCCUUCACCGUUCCAAGUGACAACGAGUCCACCUCAAGCAAGCAUGGAAUUUCAAACCGUCCUGCAGACACCAGUAGUGGUGCGAGAAAAGGGGCUUCAGGUGAGGUGAGGCACCCUUCAAGCAAAGGGACUCCAUCCACAGGGAAGCACUCCUCCACUCGUAACCGUUCUAACCAGGUUAAACACAGUAGCACAGCUGGUUCCUACUGUAAACAAAAGGAUUCAGACUAUUCCUCUACCUCAGAGGAGGACUUUGAGAUCAACACCAACUCUAAACACAAACGCUUCCACUCCUCGGCUUCAACUCAGACACAGACACAGACACCACAGAAGGCCAUUCAAAUGAGGCUAAAAUGCAGCUCUUUGGAAACGGAAGAGGACGAGGCUCAGAAUGAACACUUUCAGAACUGGUCUACACAUAGUGCAGAGAUUGCCAGGCUGAGUCAAGACCUGGCCAAAGAUCUUGCCAUUCUUGCACGUGAAAUUCAUGAUGUAGCCGGAGAUGGUGACUCCCAGACAUCCUCAGGAAUGGGAACUAUCACUUCCCCUAGCUCCAUGCCCAAUACCCCUGCAUCCACUAUUUCAACAAGAGAAGAGAGACCAUAUGCAUCAUUACAGAGGUUCCUGUCACUUCAGCUGGUACAGCAUAUACCUGAGGCGAGUCUGAACUAUCAAAAGGUUCCUCCAGGCUCAACUAGUCCAGUAGACCAGGACUCAAAUAUGAACGACAAUGACAGUUCCAGACGGCGUCCCUGGAACCGUGAAGAGGUCAUUCUUGACAAUCUAAUGUUGAACCCGGUGUCCCAACUCUCCCAGGCUAUCAGAGAGAACACUGAGCAACUAGCAGAGAAAAUGAAAGUUAUGUUUCAUAACAAGACGGAGGUCUGGGAGGAAAUAGAGGCAAAAAUCAAUGCUGAAAAUGAUGUUCCCAUUCUUAAGACAUCCAACAAGGAAAUCUCAUCAAUUCUCCUGGAACUGAGAAGAGUCCAGAGACAACUUGAGGUGAUCAACACUAUCGUUGAACCUGGAGGAAAGAUGCCCUCUAUUGCAACGUCUCCCAGGGGAAAGACCAAAGCUGCUUCCAAGGAGUUUACCAGCCCCAGUUCCACUAAUGUCAACACAAGUGCAAAGCGAGGUCCACGUGGGCCUGAAGGGGGGCGAUAUGUAGUAUAAGCAUCAUCAACAACCGCACUUUUCUUUGGAGACUGCCAUCAUGGCAUAUUGGUAAAAGUAUUCUGAGACUAUUUGUGUUGCAAAUAUACAUCAUAUGCUUUCUGUAAGACUGCUGACACUCUGCACAGGCUAAAAUAGUCAACACUGUAUUUACAACAGUUGUAACUCGUGGCUUGCUUGAAUGAUGUGGUCCUUCAUGGCUGAGUGAAUGAGUGAAUGUUGUGUUGUGGCAGUAUUCUUGUACCAUGUCUUUUACGUUUUAAUUGUUUGAAAGCCUUUGUAGCUUUCACUCAAAGUUCAGUGUCAAUCAUUUUGUGCAUUUGGCCGCUACUAAUUUACAGCAAGAAAAAAGUGUGGACACACGUCACUUUAGCCUGUAAAAUGAUACUGAAUUAGUCAACAAGUGCAUAGCCUUUAGGUCGCCUGCUUCGCCAAAAGUGAGUUCUUUAAUGAUUGUUUUAAAUGAUGAAUGUUUUGAAAGAUUAGAAUCUAAUAUUGGUGCUUCUGAGAAUAUGGCUACUGAUGAAUUCCCACACAGAUCGUAAAAUAGGUUAAAAUUCUGUUAAAAAGUGGCAUUGAUUGUUAAGGUAGGCUAAGUGAACUAAGAAAAUUGUGAUCAGAAUCGAUUGAGCAAAUAAUUGUAUUUUUUUGCAACUACGUUACAUAGGUAUGGGGUGUUGAGUCGAUGUGUGUGAGCGGGUGCUUAGUGCUAGAACAUAAUAGUAUCAUGUGUGAUGCUGUGGAGAGUUGUUGCUGUGUGUUAGAGGUGAAAAAGAAAAACAGGUUACCCUCACUCUGCCAGAUAUAUUUUAUGAUUGUAUGCAACAAAGUGAUCUAUUUUUGAGUCUGAUUGUUGCUCUGGUUCACUUGAAGAAACAUAAAAAACAACAACUGGAUGUUACAAGUUAGCCCACUCUUGUAUGUAUUUUAGCCAUAUAGGUGUUAGUAACUCUAUGUAUUUGUGUGAAUGUUAUAAAAUUAUUAGAGGGAAGUUUAAAAACUUUUUGUAAUCGGCUCAUUGGAUCAAAAACAGUAAUGUAUCUCAAAACUGUAAUUUAGGGAGUUAUAUAAAUCAGCAACUCUUCUGUUGUUUAAAUCUUAGAUUUUAGUUUCAGGCUGGCAAGUUGUGUGAAUGUGCAGUUAACUAAUGGCACAAAUCAGACCAACAGAACAAUCGUAGUGAAAAAUACAGGGUAAGUUACAUUGAAACUAAUGCAAUGUAUAAAAUGUGCUUAAAUUACAUACAGCAUCUGCCCAUCUACACUGAAUUAUGUGGGGAAAUUACACCAUGUUAUUAUUGUAUUUUCCUGCAGUACCAUCACAACUUCUGCACUAAGAAAUGAUUGUAUAUCUGUACUUUAUGGUUUAGCAGCUUAUCAUCAGUUUGCUUUCGUUUUGGCUGGGUGUUACGAAUGGUUCGAUGUAUGAAAAUAAAAAUACAAAUGAAAGAAUUAUUUUAUAAAUAUUGCAUGCGUACCAUACGUACUGUAAGUGGGCCAAAGCUAGGAAUUGUUUACCAGCUGUGUGUUUGUCCAUAUGAAGAACAGAACUGCAGCAGUUGGUGAACAUUUACAUUUAUAACGCCUAGUAAAGAUAGCCACAAAUAUGGUGACUCAAGAUGCAAUUGUAUGUUUUGUGCUGGAGCGCUAAGCUGUCUGUAUGUAUUCCUGCAUUUAUUGUACAGUUGUCUUUGAGUCACCCUCAAUAUCAGGCCUUCAAGUUCAUUGCCAGCUUUGAACUUGUCAGCUGUAUUUAGAUGUUCUCGGAAGUGAAGCUGAAAACAAAUUCUAGUCUGAAUCAUCUAUAUUUGCAUUUAUCUCACUGGCUUUGCCCUUUAUGCCAAGACAUUUUCCUAAUUACAUGUAUCUCAUCCCAUGAGAUCCAAUCUGUAAUCUUCAUAAGCCCUGAAUUACUGAGACAGGAAAGUCACUUUCACAUCUACAGUAUAUUUCAUUUACCUGCAUUACAGGACACAUGUACCUACACUGUUAAAAACAUACGUAAAUAUCCUGCGUACAGUUGAAAAUCCAACUUCAACUGUUUUUGCUAAACACUAUAAUUUAAAUUUGUAUUCUCUACUUUUUUCUUUUAUUAUAAGCAAUGAGUAGUGUAAGUUAAUUUUGUUACUACAUUUCAAAGAAUGUCACUGAUAUCAUCUUAUGCAUCAUCGAAAGUGUAUAUGUUUUUUCAUCACAUUUGUAAUAAAUUGAUUUAAACCAUUAA